AUGCGUGUGUCCAUUAUCAAUAUUGGUCUCCCUCUUGUUUCCAUCACCUUUCCAACUCUCGCCACCGGCUGCGCUGGCUAUGAAUACUCGUGCGUUGGUCGCUGCUACGUCGCGAACUACUUUUCCGCAAUGCGAUACGGACAUUUGCUUCUCUCGAAUGGCACGAGUAUUAACGGCUGGCCAAUUAAUUACACUAUUCCGCCCAACGCCAGUAUCGAGAAUGCAGCACCGGGGCCGUGGGGUGCCUUCCUUACCCUGCAGGAUACCGAGGAUUACUAUGACGGGACGCAAGAAAUCUUUGCAAUUGUGACGUGGGGCCAGUACGGUACGGGCGAGUAUGAUUAUGAGACUAGCAAUAUCAUCGAUAUCGGCGUAGACAAUGAUUUUGUUGAAUCUGACUGUGGGGGCCCGGAUGACUGA